UUCUCCUGCCCGUCCAAAUAUCUUCGCCGCCUCGUCGUCGUCGUCGGCGGCUCUUCGCGUGGUCAUCUUUCCGCGAAUCUUACCGGGUAGCAGUAGGGUUUUUGGCUUCUCCAAUCCGAUCCACCUCGCGGUCGCCGAUGGGGAAAGACUCGAAGCAGAAGGAUGCUAAGGGGAAGGGCAAGCAGGCGGCCGGCUCCUCCGGCGGCGGAGACGACGCUGGUGGUGGCAAGGGAGGCAAGGGCAAGGGCAAGGGCGGCAAGUCAGCCGACGGACUUGGCACCUGCACCUACGUCAAAGCUAGACACGUAUUGUGUGAGAAGCAGGGGAAGAUCAAUGAGGCGUACAAGAAGUUGCAGGAUGGAUGGUUGGAGAAUGGGGACAAGGUCCCUCCUGCUGAGUUCGCUAAGAUAGCCCAAGAAUACUCUGAAUGCCCAUCAGGAAAGAAAGGAGGAGAUCUUGGAUGGUUCCCCCGUGGCAAAAUGGCUGGCCCUUUCCAGGAAGUUGCGUUUAACACACCUGUGGGAGCUACUAGCGCACCAUUCAAGUCCACGCACGGGUAUCACAUUAUCCUCUCUGAAGGAAGGAAGAACUGAUCUGGAAGUGUGUGCUUCGGGUUGGGGACACCUCUGGCAAUAUGGGACGCAAUGCAAAUGCCCCGUCUUCUCUGUUGGCUUAAUAAGUUAUGGACAUGUGUAUUUUGUGUUUAGCUAUUCUCAUGAAAAAAAGUGUGCUUGCUGUAAGUAACCUAUGAUGCUGAUAUGGCAUACCUAUAUGGGUUAAUAAGCUCAGUUUUAGCA